AAGCAAUUCCGAAUAUUUCCUUCCUAGGGUUUACGGAAGGUUUCUUCUGGAUCCUAACGAUGCACGUCUCCAAAAAGAGAAAAGGAUUGACGGAUCUAGAUGGUCUACCCAAGCAAUGCGAAGAAGGAGUUGUCGAUAAAACCACCGGUGAAGAGGAUGAAGAUGCCGAUAGCACCAUCGGUGAAGAGGCUGAAGAUAGCUCCGACGGUGAGGAAAGUGAGGAGGGCUCCCCGAUCGAUCCUUACAAACUCGGUUCCGAAGUAAUAGUUUUCGAUGGUUCCGAGGGUAACAGAGAUGGUUAUGGAUCUGAUGACACCGAUUACGAGGACGAGCAGAGGGAUGUAUAUCUUAAAUACAGACGUCAGUACAGGGAAAGCGAGGGAUUUGAUUUUGAUGAUUAUCCCAAGCCAAUUAAGGGAGAAAUGUUCUUUGGUGUUGCUCGUCAUGUCAAUUUGGAAGAUGAAGAUGGCUUUUAUACCAAAGGCUGCAGAGAGGCACUUGCAUAUGCUGUCCAGGAACAGAAUAAGAAGGGUGCAAAUCUGAGACCUCUUGAGAUUAUCAAGGCAAAUGCUGAAUCAAUCGGAUUGUAUCACAUAACUUUCAAAGCUGAAGAUAUGAAACUAGGGGAAAUCAAAGUUUAUCAAACUAGGGUCUUCUAUAGUUUGGUUCCUGAUUGUGACCAGAAUCAAGUCUUUAUUUUCAGGUUAAAGGAAGGUAAUUUAAAAAAUUUUUUUUAAAAAAAAGAAUUUAUAUCUGUGCACUACUCAUGUUUAAAUUAAUUUGUGUUGCUUAUUUUAUUUUAUUUUAUUUAUUGUAGAUGAUCAAACUAAUUGAAUUAUGAUUGUUUUUUUUUAUUUAUUUCAAUGAACAAGUGAAUUGAUGUUUAUUGUC